AUCCAAAUACUAGUAACAACCAACAACACCUACUUUCUUGUCCGGAAUUGUGAUUCUUGACCACAAAGUGGCAGACUUGACACAUCUCCGUCUCCGUCUCCGUCCCCAACCCCACCUCGCUCGCUCCUUCCAUGCAUAUGCAGCUGCAGCCAGCAGUCACAGCUAAGCAGAGCCCAAGAAAGAUUGGACUAACGAGAGGAGAGGUAUCAAAUCCCUAUCUCCAUCCCCAUCUCGGCCACUACCCAUGCUGCAUCAGUAAAAAUCAUAGCAGGUGAAAAAAAAAGGCAUGUGAGCCGAGAGAGAAACAGGAAAGGAGGAGGAAGAAAAAAGAAGCCGCAGGGGCUGCUGGGCUGACGCUACGGACAGCCGCCUGCAGCACCAGUAUCCAGCCGCGAAAGAAUUGGGAAGAUCCGAGACCGAGUUCGACGAGGGGAGGCGCGACAAAGAAAUAUCGCCACGGAAAGAGCCUUUUCCUGUUGCUUCGGUAGCUAAGAAGUGGUUGUUGUUCUUCACGGGGACAACAGAAAAGAUAGGGAAAUUUGGUUAAUUGUCCAAUUAAGAUGCAGGAUCUGAACAGGUUCUAUGCUUCUUUCUGGAAGCAAUCUAGCAGUGCACUUAGUAGCCUGCGCUCUGCUCAUGAGCAUAAGCUGAUGAAUUUGUGUUCGAGGCACAAUCAAACCCAAGAAGUUUCCACCAAUUCCAAUAAACGGAAAUCAUUGUCUCAAAUUGUGGACCUGAAUUCAGAUGUUAGGACUUCAGUUAGGAGAAAAUCUGAUGCUUAUCACGAACUGAUUGACUUGGAGAAGCCAUCAAUUUCUGGUGAUGCGAUGGAAGCUAUUGGUCGCUCUGGCCUUGGCAACCUUGCCAACCAAAAUGGCAAGUCACAGGAUGGUUCAUGCUGCAUUUCACCAGAGAACACCUCACUUGCAGAGUCUCAGUUGUGCAGAGACUGGAACAGAUCACGUGUAAGCGCUGGUUCAGUUGGUUCUAGUGACACUCCAGAUUGCCAGUCCCCUAUCAAAACAAGUAACACUGAAGCAAGACAUUCACUAUUUGACCUGAAUGUUCCUCAAGAAGAAAGCCUUCUUAUGCCUUCUACUUCGUUUCCUUCUUCCUCGACGUACUGUGCAAAUUUUUCAGACAACCCUAGAGAAGCUUCUGAAAAAGAAUGUGUCUCUGGUUCUGGUAUUGGAUCAAUGAAACGAUCUUCCAUCACAGUGAUCACGCCCAACUCAGUUGCAGAUAGUUCAAGGAAUGUGGUAACUGAAUCCUCAGUUCAGCAGAAGUUCCUUUUUGACCUGAAUGUGUCACCUGAAAGCACUGACAUGCCAUCAGAAAUCAGCGAUUAUAGAGAUAAGGUUGUAAAUAAUGAUGUAAGUAAAGGAGCAGCCCCCGAUCAUUCUUUCUCGACGGAAAAUAGCCUGCAUGCAGAAACUUCCGCCACACAUGUGGUUCUUGGAAAUGAUCAUAUGCUGGCACACAAGGAUGACAAUCAUGUGCUUCUCACAGCCCCAACAACUAAUGGUAUCAAUAAGGUUCAGUCGCCAGUGUCUGGAACCAUUAACAAGGAAUCUUUUAUCUCUGGAAAUCUUGUGGAUAAUAAUUUCCAUCCACACAAUGGAGCAUCAAAUAUUCAGGAGUUAAGCAUGCUUCAAGAUAAGGUCGAUGAUGAUGGCACAACAGCUGAUAUUGCAGCUAGAACCCUUCUUUCCAUUUUUCAGCACAGUUCUGAAUGCAUGGCUCAUUGCUUUGGAAGCAGCAAUCAGACAGCAGCUCAGAACAUGAACGAUGAGCCUCAGCCUUCACUGGACUCAUUCGAGAAAAUCGUGUUGAAUUCAGAGGAGAUCAAAGAUGACGGCCAAUCCAUCAAUGUGUCACCGCCCUAUAAUGAAGGACCAGCAUGUGGGAUCAAGCUAAAGAGAGGGAGGGGUAUGAGAAAUUUUCAGAGGGAGAUAAUUCCUGGGCUUCUUCUAGGGAGGCAAGAGAUAUGCGAGGACUUGGAAGUUAUAGGUUAUGAGCCAAAGAAAACUCGAUCCAGGAAAACCCGCAAGGGUCCAGGUGCAUCCUCGACUCGACCAAGGCCGCGCAAACGUGGAGCUGUCAAGCACUGAGCAAGAGCAUCUGCAUUCCGUGGCAGGGUGCCAUAAGGCAGGCAAUUCAGAACAGGAGAGUUCAUUCUAACCAUGUGAAUAUUCGUGUGUAUCAAUCCUAGCUUAGUUUCAAACUCUGGUUUGCUAGUGACCAUUUAAUUGGGGAUAUUCUUUCCUUUCCCUUUUUUCCCUCUUAUUAUAUCUUUGAUGAAGUGAUCAGGCUGUUAGAUUCAAGCCUUUUGCCUUUAUAUAUUUGAAAGUUUAGCAAUGAAGACGCAUUCAUAUUGCCACAA